UCAAGAGCAAUCAGUGGCUGCUGUUGCUGGUGAGCCCUCACAAGCCGCAGAUGCUGCAGCAGCAGCAGCAGCAACAGCAGCAGCAACAGCAGCAGCAACAGCAGCAGCAGGAAUUGAUAUGCGUGAUUAUAUCGCCUGCUGCUGCUGCUGCUGCAGCAGCAGCAGCAGCAGAUGCAGCAGCAACUCCUCCCUCCUCCCGUAGGAGCCUGGCGAAGCCGCUUCAGUUGAAUCGUGCACACCCACUAUACCUGCUGCAGCAGCAGCAGCAACUGCAGCAGCAGCAGCAACAACAGCAGCAGCGGGGGUUUGCAUCCGAGAGUGUUGCGGCUCUCCUUAGACAGAUACAGAAGGGGCCCCUUCCUCUUAAGGAGUGCAGCGCAGCAAAUGCAGCACAAGGCAUCGUCAACGACUCCCUGGGGGGCGUCUUUCUGUGCGAGGGCCUAUCAGAGGCCCGUCUAGGCGAUGCGGUGCUGCUCGAUGCAGCAGCGGCAGCAGCAGCCGCUACUGGAGUUGUGCUGCAGCUGAAAACAAACUGCGCAGUUGUGGGGAGGCUACAAGGCUACCCAGCAGCAACUGCUGCUGCUGCUGCUGUUAGUUCUCAUGCUGCUUCUGCAAGAAGUGCCCCUGGCAGCAUCGCUGAGCUGCUGCAGCAGCUGCAGCAAACGCAGCAGCAGCAGCAGCAGCAGCGGCUCAUCCCCGUGGACAGCCCCUGCGUGCUGGUAGACGCCGCAGGCAGCAGCAGCAGCAGCAGUAACAGCAGCAGCAGCAGCAACAGUAAAGGCAGCAGCUGUAAGGAAGUUUGGGAGGAAUGCGGUGUAUCCGUCGAGCUGCUGUCAGCUGCUGACGCGUUGCUGCAGCUGCAACAAGAAGCAGCAGCAGCAGCAGCCGCAGCAGGCUUGCACCGCCCCCACCCUGCUUUACAGACCUGGGGCUGUCCUACGGCCCGCAACGGCAGCAGCAGCAGCAGCAGCAACAGCAACAGCUGCAGCAACAAGCCGCUGCUGCUGUCUGGGUGGGCCCCCCUAGACAGUUUGCUGCCGCAGCAAGCAGGCGAUGUGCUGCUGCUGCACGGGCCCCAAGGCUCAGGAAUGGCAGCAGUGCUGCUGCAGAGCCUUGCAUGCUGGCUGCAGCAGCUAGCAGCAGCAGCAGCACCAGGAGCAGCAGCAUCAGCAGCAGCUGACAGGGCAGGGGCUGCUGCAGUGCUAGUCAUGCUGGGUCUGUCUCCUUCUUCUCUUAAGGAGAAGCUGCUGCUGCUGCGCGGCGCCCUCGGUGCAGCAGCGCAGCAGCAGCAGCAGCAGCAGAUACACCUGAAGGUGCUGUACGUACACCCGGCAGCAGAUGCUGCUGUCUCAGCCUUUACGGCGCCUCUCCUAGGCCUGCGUCUUGCACAGGCGCUGCAAUGCAGCAGCAGCAGCAGCAGCAGCAAUGCAGCAGUGGUGUUUGCUGUUGACGGCCUUGAGGCUUACGAAGAGGGAGCAGCAGCUGUUGCUGCUGCACUGCAGCAGCUGCUUCCUGCUGCAGAGAGACACUCGAGGGGCCCCUUUGGUCUCCAGCAUUCGAUGUACGGUCUCCUUGCAUGCGAUGAAGCAGCAGCAGCAGCAGUGCAGCAGCAGCAGCAGCAGGCUGCUGUGCCCCUCACCCGUCUCUUCUCUGUCCACACCACUUCGGGAGAUUCAGCAGCAGCAGCAGCAGCAGCAGCACCAGCAGAAGCCGCUAGCAGCUUUGGUGCUUCUGCUGUUGCUGCUCUAACGCCCUUAGCGAGCGCACGCAUAUCCUUCUCUGCUCCUUCCAGCAGCAGCAGCAGCAGCAGCAGCAGCAGCAGCAGCAGUUCAGCUCUGAUCCCUUCAGUGGAUUGGCCGGGGCUGCUGCAGCAGUCUCCUCACUGGGCCCUAUCUGAGGCAUUUGCUUCUUUGACGAGUUGCUGCUUCUCUCCUACAUUUUCUGCUGGUGCUGCUGCUCCUGAACUGCAGCAGCAGCAGCACGAGAGUACGCUUGCUGCUGCUGAAGCUCUUGUCCGCUGCAGCCGCAGCGCCAAUAGCAAGGCAGCAGCAGCAGCAACGCAGCCGCUGCUACUGCGGAUUGCUGCUGCUGCCUUUCUCUGGCAGCAGCAGCGCCUGCAGCAUGAGGGCCCCCGUCAGCAGCUGCUGCAUCAGCUGGGUCUCCAUGUAGAAGAUCAGGAAGCAGCAGAGGUAAGGAGCUUGCAGCUUGCUGCUGCAGUUGUUGCAGUGCAGCAGCAGCAGCAGCUGCUGCUGCUGCCCCGGAGCCUCCCGCAGCAGUUGCUGCUGCUUCGCGCUGCAUCUUUCUACCUCUUUGAUCCCCACAGCAGCAGCAGCAGCAGCAGCAGCAACAGCGGCAGCGUGCUAAAUAAGGCAGCAGCAUUCUGCGAGCAGCUCCUCCAUCAAUUCCCUGCGGCUAAUCCGCUGCUGUGGGCAGAACUAGAAGAGCAUCUGCGGUGUACAGGCACCUCAGCAGCAGCAGCAGCAGCAGCAGGAGCAGCAGGGGAAGGGGCAUCUCCUGCAGCAGAAGGUACUGCGCUGCAGCAGCAGCAAGACCCCCGCGAGGAAGCUGCUGCUGCUCUGCUGCUGCUGCGCCGAGUAGAUGAGGCCCUCUUCGCUCUGCGAGAAUCUCUACCCUUAACUCGUACUCUACCCUAA